AUGAAAUUAUUUAAAAAUUUCAAAAGCCUUAGUAGUUUUUUUUUUAAAUAUAGAAGUGCUUCUGUAAAAAUGAAGAUUGAGAUGGCGUCUGUUAUACAAUGUGCAAAUGAAACAGCAGCUUCCAAAGCUGCAGAGUUGUUAGAAAAUGGUGCAGUCAUAGCAGUGCCAACUGACACUAUUUAUGGUUUAGCUUGUAGUGCCAAUUGUCCAGAAGCAAUAAAAAAGCUUUACAACAUAAAAGGAAGAGAUGCAGGGAAGCCUGUAGCUAUAUGUGUUACAAAUAUUACAGACUUGAGGAAAUGGGGUGAGGCUGAGCACCUCACUGAUGCACUACUUUGUAGUCUCCUACCAGGUCCAGUGACAGUUGUUUUGGAAAAGACAAAAUAUUUAAAUAACCCGUACCUUAACCCAACCACAACUAAAAUUGGUAUUAGAAUUCCAAAUCAUAUAUUUAUGAAUAAAGUGACCAAUUUAUUUGAUAUGCCUGUUGCACUGACCAGUGCCAAUUUCAGUAAUGAGCCAUCGACAUUGUCUGUUAAUGAGUUCCAGCAUCUAUAUGGACAAUUGGCAGCUGUCUUUGAUGGAGGUAUUUUAAGCCAAAGUGAAGAUGAUAGAAUGGGUUCAACAGUUGUUGAUCUAUCAAGGAUUGGGUAUUUCAGUAUAAUUAGGAAGGGAAUAUCAUUUGAAAAAAUUAUAAAUGUUUUAAAGGCUCAUGCGUUAAAUAAUGCUAUAAAGUAA